AUGGCGGCGUCUGGAGAUUUGGUCGACUUCGACGUGAUCGAAGGGCAAAAAGAGAACAUCCAGUCCCUUCCCGGCGGCCGGUCGGCCAAGAAGCUGGCAGACAUGUACUCGUCGUCGCCUCUGCAGAAACUGGCAACGCCGACGCCUUCGGACACCCGUAAUGUCAACGACUGCAUUCGCGCCGAGUACGAGGCUGAAAUCGACAAUCUGUCCGAAGCGGACGAUCCUCUUGACAUCUUCGACCGCUACGUGCGAUGGACCCUGGAUGCCUACCCGUCAGCACAGGCUACGCCUCAGUCGCAACUGCACACGGUUCUUGAGCGGGCGACCAAGACCUUCAUCAGCUCUGGCCAGUACAAGAACGACCCGCGCUACCUCAAGAUGUGGCUGCAGUACAUCCACUUCUUCACGGACGCGCCCCGCGAGACGUAUGUAUUCCUGUCGCGCCACGGCAUCGGAGAACGCCUUGCUCUUUACUACGAGGAGUAUGCCGGCUGGCUCGAGAGCGCUGGACGCUGGGCUCAGGCUGAGGAGAUCUACCGCAUGGGCAUCGAGCGUGAGGCCCGCCCCGUCCAGAGGCUCUCCCGAAAGUUCAAGGAGUUUGAAGAGCGCAGACAGGCCCAUCAGCCUGACAACGUCGACGGGCCCUCAUCCCCGGCUCUCCCUACUGUGCGUCCUGCUCUCGCCGCCAAGACGGACCCCUUCAGCGCCGCCGCUGCCGCCUCCCGAGCCGCCGCGGAACCCCAGGCUACUGCUGCGGCAUCACAGCGCGCGGCUGGCGCAAGCGGAAGCUCCAAGCCUGCUAAGCCCAAGAUGGCCAUCUUCUCAGACAUCACCGACUCGAAGCCCCCGGUCUUGUCGUCCAGGGAGACGGGCGCCAAAGGCUGGGACACGAUUGGUUCCAUGGCCGAACGCAAGAAGGAGAAUACGAUCGAGCCGAAGCCCUGGUUGGGCGAGACGCUGAAGACGGGGGGGAAGAAGUCCACGGCAGCCAAGAUGUCUGUCUUUAGGGAUCCGUCUUUGUCCCAAAUAAACAACAUUGUCGUUGUUCCUUCCAAAAACCAGAGUACCGUGCACCCGCAGACGGGCAAGCGCGAGCGCAUCUUCGUUGACCUGGCCACUGUAUAUCCGACGCCCGAUGAGCCCGGAACCGAGCUCAGCUUCGAGGAGGUCAUGGCCACCCGUCGCGGUUGGCUCGACCGCUCGUGGGAGGAGGAGGCUGUCGAUAUCAACCUGGUCCCUGAACCAGCUGGGCUGGGCGAGAUUGAGGAGAUCAGCAAGGGCGUCGGAGGCAAGCUUACUAUCCACAGGGACGUAGACGAGAACGGCGUGGCGAUGGAGCCGCCAAAGAAUCCUCGUGCUGCCAAGAAGAAGAAGUUGAUGGAGGUCAACGAGACGCAAAUUAUCAAGGCGAAGCUGGACUCGCCCUCAGGCCCCAAGCUCAAGAAGAGGAACACGUCGGAGCCGACAAUGACGCUACACACCAAGGCCGCCACCGAUGAUAUCUAUGACAUCUUCAACGCGCCACUGCAGCCGGCAAAUGAGCGGGAGGAAGAGGAAGAAGAGGGUAGCGGUGAUGAAGACGACUAUGAGACUGACGGAGACUACACAACUGAUGGCGAGAGCAAUGCCACGACAACAAGGCAUAUCGAUGCCACCGAGCAUAUCGAGGAAGAGCAAACUACUGCUGUCGGUGGUGAUGACGAGGAUGCAAAGAGCGAGAGCGAGUGGUCCGACUUCUCCGCUCAGAAACAUAUGCCUGGCUUCGCGGGGAACGACACGCAGAUGUCUGAUCUGAUAGACGCGGGUCAGCCCGACGAGAAUCAAGCUCCCCUCGGCAUCUUUCACGACCCAGGCCAGGGAGAUGAGGAGGAUUCCGAGACCUCCGAGGACCAUGUCCCGAGGCCCUUCAGUACAUCCUUCAUGCCUAUCCCGCCUGAAGACUUUGACGUCCCGACCCGGCCUUAUAGGGAUCCGGCCGAGGUCGCCAACAGCCGACUUCCAUUCAUGACUCCCAUCACCGAGCGGACUGAGGUGUCUCUGGAAAUGGAUAAUGACCGCCGAGAUCAGUUCAAGACCCCCUGCAAGCGCGAUGAAUCAUCUACACUGUUCGAGGAAGACGAAGAGGACGAGAAUGAGUCCCUCGGGGAUCUGGAGCCUAUGAGCAGCCCUCUUCGUGAUGAUGCGAGCCCUCCGAAGCCGAUGUUCGGGGCAAACAAGGGUCCUCUCGUGCCAAAGGCUCCUCUGGGACCAAAGCCCGCCAUCGCCCUGAGCAAGAAGACGGCUGCUUCCACCAAGCCUCUGCCACCCAAGGGUCCGAUCAUCAAGGAUGCUCAGUGCAACCCUGUGGGCGAGGAGGUGCGCACCGAGAUCCUGGCCAACCUCCAUCCGCCGCUGUAUGCGUACCGUGGCUUCUACGACCACCGCCACGAAAAGUAUGAGCGCGGCAACGAGAUCCGCAAGUUUGCCAAGUCGAUGCAGAGGAGCACCAAAACUGCAAGCGGUGACAGGGCAGGAUCCCUCCCGGCGCCCGUCCACAUCGAAUUCCCCGAUGUGGCGACCACUUACACGCUCAAGCGCGAGCUGGGGACCGGCGCCUUUGCGCCCGUCUACCUGGUUGAGAACUCAGACCCCGACGAGGACGGCGGUGAUGACGAGAAUGCCGUAGCUAUGAUGGGCCGGGGUUCGUUCGCCGUCAACCACCGACACCACAACGAGGCGCUCAAGAUGGAGGUGCCCCCCACCCCGUGGGAGUUCCACAUGAUGCGCACAGCACACAGCCGCCUGGGCCCGCAGCACAGGGCGUCUGCAUCGCUCUCGUAUGCACAUGCGAUGCACCUGUACCAGGACGAAGGAUUCCUCUUCCUGCCUCUCCAUCCCCACGGCACCCUGCUCGACGUUGUCAACUUUUUCCGCGCCGAGGCUUCGGGCGUCAUGGACGAGCAGCUCGCCAUGUUCUUCACGAUUGAGCUGAUGCGGACCGUCGAAGCACUCCAUGCCAAGGGAAUCAUGCACGGUGAUAUCAAGCCGGACAAUUGCGUCCUGCGGCUCGACAACCUUGGAGAGCACCACCUGCACCACCACGAGGAGCUACAGAGCCAAUGGAGGCCGGACGGCAGAGGCGGGUGGGAUGCGCGUGGCAUUGUGCUCAUCGAUUUUGGUCGUUCCAUCGACAUGCGUGCCUUUGUCCCCGACGUGCAGUUCAUUGCCGACUGGAAGACGUCAUCCCAGGACUGUGCCGAGAUGCGCGAGGGUCGCCCCUGGACGUGGCAGAUUGAUUAUCACGGGCUGGCGGGAAUGAUCCACUGCCUCCUGUUCGGCAAGUAUAUCGAGACGGUGCGCUGCGACCAGGGCGGCAUCGGGUUCGUCGGGCGUCGCUACCGCAUCCGCGAGUCUCUCAAGCGCUACUGGCAGACGGACCUGUGGUCUGACUGCUUCGACGUGCUCCUCAACCCGGCCGCCUUCCUCGAAGCCGAGCCCACGGGCAGGAUGCCCGUCCUCAGGUCCAUGCGUAGCGUGCGUGAGCGCAUGGAACGCUGGCUCGAGGAUAACUGCGAGAGGGGCGUUGGUCUCAAGGCUCUUGUUGGCAGGCUCGAGGCGUUUGCCAAGGGGAGGAGACACUAA